UUAAUGACAAAGCUGUUGCACUUUGAGGCAGUUCUCUUCAGUUCUCUGUCUCAGUUUGGUUCACUUUUUUGAGAACAUGAAACUGGUGUACGUGUGCUGUUCUCUGCUGAUAGUCGUCUGGCAGGAGGUAGAAGCUUCUAGUAGUGGCCCCUCUGGGGUUCUGGACAGGGUGUCAGGAGGUUCCAGCUGCUCCCAGGUGAGACUCAAGCCAGCUGGGCAAUGUGAAGAUGAGGAAGAGUGCCCGUACCAGAUCACACUGCCACCUCUGACUAUCCAGCUUCCCAAACAAUUCCGACUACUGGAGAAGACCAUGAAGGAACUGCAAAGCUUGAAAGAGACAGUAAACAGGUUGAAGAGCUCCUGUCUGGAGUGCAGCUCACAGCAAGUGGACCGCAACUUGCAGAAGGACAGUGGAGACCCUCCGACAAACAGCGCAGAACUGAGUCAAGGGGAUACCAGUACAAGAGUCUACCGGAAUGGGAACAGCAGUGAUAAUGAGAUUGUACAACACAUGCAGGUGAAGAUGAAUCGCAUGUCUGCCAGCCUGAAGAAUGCACGUUCACAGAUUAACUCCCUUCAGGGCCGUCUAGAGGAACUUAACCUCCUCAAUCUGCAAAAUGUGGAGGAUAUAGUGGACAGAAAAGUUGAGAACAUUACCGGGAUUGUCAACAAAAUCAGCAGCACUUGCACAAAUUGUCCAGGACAACAACAUCAACCACAACCAUUACAGCAUCUCAUCACUCUCAGAGACUGCUCUGACAUCAGCACACUGACGCAGAGAAAAAAUGGGAUAUACCAGGUGACCCCUGAUCCCAGAAAUCGCAGCUUUGCGGUGUACUGUGACAUGGAGGAAUUUGGUGGCGGGUGGACUGUCUUGCAGCGUCGCAUCAAUGGCAGUGUGAACUUCAACCGCACCUGGGCUGACUACAAGAAGGGCUUUGGUGACCCUAAAGGUGAGUUCUGGCUUGGCAAUGAUAAAAUCCACCUGCUCACCAAAACCAAGGACAUGAUCCUGCGCAUUGAGCUCGAAGAUUUUGAGGGCACACGUGGGUAUGCCAAGUACGAACAGUUCUACGUAUCCAAUGAGUUCCUCAAUUAUCGGCUGUCUUUGAGCGGGUACUCGGGGACUGCUGGAAAUGCUCUGCAGUUUAGCAAACACUUCAACCAUGAUCAGAAGUUUUUCACUACACCGGACAAGGACAACGACAUGUACCCCUCAGGGAACUGUGGAGCAUACUACGGAUCGGGCUGGUGGUUUGAUGCCUGCAUGUCAGCAAACCUCAAUGGCAAAUACUACAAAACAAAGUACAAAGGGAAGAGGGAUGGGAUCUUCUGGAGCACGUGGCACAACCUGACUUCUGAGUACUAUCCAACAAACUACAGACAAACAUUUAAAAAUGUCAAAAUGAUGAUAAGGCCAAAGAAUUAUGCACCCUAAGCCAAAUGAAGUAUAAAUGAACAAUAAUUUUUGGGGCAGUUACGCACUUUUCCUUAAGAACAACUUAUAAAGAUAUAGCUUGUGAUUCAUUACAAAUCGUCAAACUUUAACAGAACUGCAGUUAAAAAAAUAAAAUGUAUAAAUGUGUAUUUGCAAAGCACAUCAAAAUGCUAUCCAGCUAUGGUUUCAUAUUUUUGUGUAUGUGCUACUGCCAUCUUGUGUUUAACUGGUGUACUACACCAUCCUCUUUAUGUACUCCUGAUGAGUGCAUUUUUUCCCUGUGUUGAUGUAUUUAGUGGGACACACUGAACAGCUUUUUAAAAUAGCUUAUUUUAAAAUUAUUUGAUUUAUACUGUCCAUAAUCUUCUGGUGGACUUUUUUAAUUUUAAAUAUAUAUUUUUACUGAAAAUUAUUAUUUUUUUUACUGUGGGUAGAUGUUUAUACAUAUGAUUGAAAGCUAACAGACAUGGACUAAAGGCCCAUAAGGUUGAUAAAAAGAUACUAUAGCAUAUCUGUGACAUCCAAGAAGGAAAUGUACAGUAUUCAUUUUGAAAGCACGGGAUGGUUUUUUAAAGGUUUUUUUUUUUUUUUUUUACCAGUCUGAAAUUAAUAAGUUUAGUUUUUUUCUAAUCAUUAUUAGCCAACUUUUUCAGAAACUGUUUGUAUAUUGGAGAAAUUAUAUCAAACACCUCAAUUGAUGCUUUUAAAUCAACAAAUAAAACUGCAUCUAAACGUUGA